CUGGUAAUUAAAGGACUAACUGAUAUACAAGGAUUGUAGGAUCAUUUGAGUGAAAUAUUCAAUAUAUGUAUAGACCAGUCGCUACUGAUUAUGUAUAAACCUUUCAGAAAUCAGUUUUACACAAUAGUAUUUUCGUUUAUUUCAAACAAUUGUAGCGAUUCCCGUGAGUUUGGGUAAAUGUAUUACUCACUUUAUGUAUGCAGAAAAAUUGGGGAAAAAAUCUGUUCUAAUUUACAAUGUACAUCCUUUAAUGGACGCGAAGUCAUUGUUGAAUUUCUUUAAAUUAUUUGGUGAAAUAACUAGUUUACGCUACUCACCACCUGAAGCUCGAUGUGUCUUUGAAUUUAACAAAUCAGAAUGUGUAGAAAAAAUUCUAGUAUCUCCAAUGAAUACAACUUACGAGUUUGAAUUGACCGAUGUUAACAUUCCUGAAUGCUAUUUAUCUCGGAAUCCUGAAUGGAUAAUAGAUUAUCAAAAGGCCAAAAGUGAUUCGGAAGCGAUUCUACAGAAUUAUUUCAAGAAACGUAUGGAAUACAGUAACAAACCUGAUGAUGACGGUUGGAUCACGGUCAGAAAAGGAAUGAGAUUUUAAUGCGGACUAUAUUUUUACUUCUGCUUCUGUAAAUUUGGUUCAAAUUUGUACAAUAAAUAGUAUUUCAUCAUGAAGUUCAUUUAUGUUUACUUACUUUCAGUCAUCUGUAAUUUUAGAUUUAUGUCUUCACGGAUUUUCUCUGCUUUUAUUGUUAAGACAAUGCAAUAAAUGGAAGUAUUGGUAGUUCGUAACACAAAACAGUAGCCUCCAAUUAUUAUUUGUCUUAAAACUUUGAGUAUUAUAGAAAUAAAC